UGUUGUUACUUGGUAUCCUUUUUUCUCUUGGAUUGUUGAUCUGGAUUGUGCGCUCACCAUGUCCUUUAUCAGCGAUGGCAGCACGGAUCCUCUGCUGGCCCGCUUCAAGGUGCUGGAGGAGACGGUGGACAAGCUGCACCGGGAGAACCGGAGCCUGAAGACCAAACUAAAGAGCUACAACACCCUCAGCACCUUCUACCAUGAGGCCAGGCAGCAGAUCAAGAACCUCAACCGGCAGCUGGCCGAGAAGGAGGCUUUCAUCCUGAAGCUGAAGGAUGGACAUGGCACUGCUGGGCUGGGGGGCAAUCAGUUGGAGCCCUCUAAGUCCCUGGUGGACAGCCUGGUGGAGCAGCUGAGCAGUAUGAAGAACCAGCUGAAAGAGGCAGAGAGGAUCAGCCAGGAGAAAGUGGGGUCCCUCAAUCAGGAAAUCCAGAGGCUUCAUCAGCAGCUAGAGGAGAGAAACCAGAAGAUGCAGAAAAUGUCCAGCUGGCCAUCACAUGAGAAGGAGAUGGAAAUCUUCCGCCUGCACCAGUCGCUGGCGGAGAAGGAGAGAGUUCAGGCUACUAGUGAGGUCCUGUGCCGUUCUCUGUCUGAUGAAACCCACCAGCUGCAGCGCAAGUUGGCCGCCACCGCCGAAAUGUGCCAACAACUCGUAACGUGCCUAGAAGAGACCCACCGGAAAAAUCACGUGACAUCAGAAGAGCAGCAGAAUCAGAACAAGGACAGUGAGAACGAAGCAAUCCUGAGCAAGUUACAGGAAGAAAACCGUUUAUUAAAACAGAAAGUGAUACACGUGGAAGACUUAAAUGCCAAGUGGCAGAAGUAUGACGCCAGCAGGGAGGAGUAUGUGAAGGGUCUCCACCAACAACUCAAGGAGAUGAAGGCGCAGAAGGAACAUAUGAAAAGUGCACCCUCAGUACACAAACACCCAGACCUCUUACAGAAGGAGAUCUCCAGACUCAACAGGCUUCUGGAAGACAAGAUGAACGAGAAGAUAAAACUUCAGGAAGAAGCCAUGCAAACAGCCAGUGCCAGGAUCGCUGAUCGGGAGAGAAUACAGAUGCUGGAGCAGCAGUUGAUGGUCUACAAAGAUGAUUUCACAUCAGAGAGGGCAGAUCGGGAGAGGGCUCAAAGCCGCAUUCAGGAGCUGGUCGAACAGAUUUCAUGUUUACAGAAAAAGGCAAGGAGAACGGAUGAAAAAUAUGUUGGAAGCCAGUUUCAAAUUCAAAUCGGCAACCAGAACAAAACAUACAUUCAGAAAAAAUCCUCUGAGCCUCUGCGCGGCCUUACCACCGAGCACGCCGAAAGCCGCAGACAGCUUUCCGCAGCAGACAACCCAGAACGACAGAGGAGCCCCAACUCUGAACAUAGAGGACAGGAUGAGCUACAGUGUCCCCGCUGCUUGGAGGUCUUCCAUGACAGACUAGGGGAAAACUUUCUAGAACACAUCGCUGAAUGCUGCCAGUGAGCGGGACUGCUGUACUUCCAAUCUGAUCACUACACCCCACAGGCUUUGGUCGCCUGUGAUGAAGAUGCUGCUAUCAGGCUGGGAAAGUGUGAGGCAGAAGCAAUAUGGCCUUAGUGCUGCCUUUCACACUGCUGAUUCUUUGCCAGUACAGACAGGGCCAGGUGGUUGGCAGAAGGGCAGGACCUGUAUCCUAUGCUGCUGAAG